CACCCACCGGUCCGACGAGAUGACGGCGCUGCCGCUGCUGCUGCUGCUCGCUGCGACCGCCGCCGCCAUGAUGCCGGGUGGCGAGGACAUGGCGCGGAUCCAGCGCAUCCUACAGUCGCCGGCCGCCCGCAAGGUGGUGGACGAGCUGGGCCUCACCGUGCCCGAGAUGCCCCAGUACGAUGUCAUGGCCAACAUCGAGAACGUCGACAUCAACCAGCUGGCGACGCAGGCCGGCGAAAGCGGAUGCCUGCCGGCCGGCGUCAGCUUCGCCGACAGCACACGAGACACCGUGCGCAACUGCAUCCGGGACUCUUACAACGCCGUCAAGAGUAACCCGCUGGGUCGACCCCAGCGGCCUGCCCGACGCCGCUGGGGCCGCAGCCUGAUCGAAAACAUCAAGGCGCGCGCGCAGCAGCGGGCCAUGACGCUCAUGCAGACGUGCCUGCUUGCCAACCUCAGCCUGACGGCCGACGGCCAGCUCAGCCAGAGCGGCGUCGACGCCAUAGUUGAUGGCAUGACGGCACCCGACGACUUCAAGCAGCACAAGAAGCAGCUGGCGCAGGUGUGCAUCGCCGAGACGCCCGCCGCACUGAGCGGUGCCGCGCGCCAGCAGUUCCAGCUGCGCUGCCUCGGCGAACUGAACGGGCUCGACUGUGCGCUAGGCGUCGCCAACCAGACGUCACCGACGCUGGAACUGGCCGCGCGCGAGUCGGCCGGCAAGUGUCUGAAGAAGGGUCUGCGGCCGUCGGCGCGCGCCACCAUAGCCCAUGCCGCCUGCACGGCCGAGGACGUGUCGUCGCUCAUGCGCCAGCGGCUGACGGCGACGGCUGCCGGCCGGCGACGCCGCGACACCGACGCCAUGAUGCUGCUGCGCCACAUCGGCGGCCUGGAGGGCGUCGAGCGCGCGCUGGGCGUCGGACCGACGCCGCGGCCGUGCCGGCCCACGCUGUUCCGCCGCUGCCCGCCGCCGCCGCCGAAGCGUCAGCUCACCGAACAGCAGGUGGACGAGUACAUCGCACGUGCCGAGGCCGUCGUCGGCCCUCUGGACCAGGUGUUCGCCGGCGUGCCGCAGCGGGCCGACAGCAUCACCGCCUGCUUCCUCGGCGCCAUGGACACGCUCAACGACGACGGCAGCGUCAACGUGGACGCCUUCCGCGCCAUGGUGGCCGAGUUCAACGGCGACGACGAGGAGACCGUCGCACAGCUGCAGGCCACGCUCACCAAGGUCAUCGACAACUGCGAGACGGAGGGCCUCACCGGCAGCGCGCACGAGUUCCACGCGUGCAUUAGCACGGGCGUCGCCUACGCCUGCCGCGUGCACGAGCUGAGCAGUGGUGCCGACCAGCCGGCCGGCUAGCAGCCUGGCGUCCCGCCCUGGACCUGCCCAUAUCGACUCAUCGUACUACGGUCCUUUGUACGCAUCACUGUUGUCCCUCGUGUAAAGCGUCGCAUCGGAUGUCACUUAAAGUAUCUUCACACCUUCACUCAGACCACUUCCGUUGUAUGUUCGACCACGCCAGAAACCUUUUCAGACUGAAUAAAUAUUGUCUUAAUUCGUGACGUGAUAAAACGUGUUGAUUUUAGGGAGCACUAGCAGGUUGGGGAGUUUGACAGCAUCAGAAAUAUGUGUCACAGAUAUGUCCUGUCGCGUGUAAUAAAUGUGUGCUCGUAAAAAUAGAGCUAUUUGUCUUUUGAAGAAGACCUUACUGCAUGUACAGAAACAGAUGCUACAGCACAAAGGAAAUGCGAAAAUGUGCUGUUUGCAAAUAGCAACAAAGAAUAUAUGCCAAAGGCUUCAAUGGGUGGCUUGCGUUGGCACUGCACCACACACGGUAUUGCACGAGGAUAACGCCGGAGGGCAGAACCUGCAAAAGGUUGAAAUAAUGCACGCUGCGCCAAAAAAGAAAGAGGGAACUUUAAGGUUAAGCUA